AUGGCUGCUCCUAAGAAACGCCGCAGCUUAGAAAAUGUUAAAAAAAGGCAAAAUAUAAUUUUUUUCGAUUCACUCUGCGGUAACUGGGCAAGGAGACGGGAAUGGUUUUAUAGACACUUAGCCAAACUACCUUUAGAAUCUCAUAAAACAUGGACUCCUAUGCGAUUUCCUGGGUUUUGGCCAGGAAACUUCUUUAAUACAUUAAAACGACUCAAGUAA